AUGUUUCACAAUAUUUUCGAAACUGAUAAUAAAGAAGAGCAGCGAAGAAGAUUAAAUAAAUGGAUUGCAUACAAUUUUCGUAUUAUUAGAAAUAUCGAUCGUUUAAAUGGAAUUACAAAAAGAUGCAUCGGAAUAGUUUCUUUGGUAGUAGGUAUAGUGUGUGCCCUAACUGCAAAUCAGAUUAUUAAUGGGGUAGGAUAUAAAGAAUGUAAAGGAUAUACAGGAUGUAAAGGAUGUAAAGGAUGUAAAGGAUGUAAAGGAUGUAAAGGAUGUAAAGGAUGUAAAGGAUGUAAAGGAUGUAAAGGUUGUAAAGGAUGUAAAGGAUGUAAAGGAUGUAAAGGAUGUAAAGGAUGUAAAGGAUGUAAAGGAUGUAAAGGAUGUAAAGGAUGUAAAGGAUGUAAAGGAUGUAAAGGAUGUAAAGGAUGUAAAAGAUGUAAAGGAUGUAAAGGAUGUAAAGGAUGUAAAGGAUGUAAAGGAUGUAAAGGAUGUAAAAAAUGUAAAAGAUGUAAAGGAUGUAAAGGAUUAAAGGAUGUGAAGGAUGUAAAGGAUGUAAAGGAUGUAAAGGAUGUAAAGGAUGUAAAGGAUGUAAAGGAUGUAAAGGAUGUAAAGGAGGUAAAUGAUUUAAAGGAUGUAAAGGAUGUAAAGGAUGUAAAGGAUGUAAAGGAUGUAAAAGAUGUAAAGGAUGUAAAGGAUGUAAAGGAUGUAAAGGAUGUAAAGGAUGUAAAGGAUGUAAAGGAUGUAAAGGAUGUAAAGGAUGUAAAGGAUGUAAAGGAUGUAAAGGAUGUAAAGGAUGUAAAGGAUGUAAAGGAUGUAAAGGAUGUAAAGGAUGUAAAGGAUGUAAAGGAUGUAAAGGAUGUAAAGGAUGUAAAGGAUGUAAAGGAUGUAAAGUGUGUAAAGGAUGUAAAGGAUGUAAAGGAUGUAAAGGAUGUAAAAGAUGUAAAGGAUGUAAAGGAUGUAAAGGAUGUAAAGGAUGUAAAGGAGGUAAAUGAUUUAAAGGAUGUCAAGGAUGUAAACCAUGUAGAGGAUGUAAAGGAUGUAAAGGAUGUAAAGGAUGUAAAGGAUGUAAAGGAUGUAAAGGAUGUAAAGGAUGUAAAGAAUGUAAAGGAUGUAAAGGAUGUAAAGGAUGUAAAGGAUGUAAAGGAUGAAAAGGAUGUAAUGGAUGUAAUGGAUGUAAAGGAUGUAAAGGAUGUAAAGUAUGUAAAGGAUGUAAUGGAUGUAAUGGAUGUAAAGGAUGUAAUUGAUGUAAAGGAUGUAAAGGAUGUAAAGGAUGUAAAGGAUGUAAAGGAUGUAAAGGAUGUAAAGGAUGUAAAGGAUGUAAAGGAUGUAAAGGAUGUAAAGGAUGUAAAGGAUGUAAAGGAUGUAAAGUAUGUAAAGGAUUUAAAGGAUGUAAAGGAUGUAAAGGAUGUAAAGGGUGUAAAGGAUGUAAAGGAUAUAAAGGAUGUAAAGAAUGUAAAGGAUGUAAAGAAGUAA